AGUACUGCAUCAGAUGACCUGGCCUCCACAAUCACCUGACCUCAACCCAAUUGAGAUGGUUUCGGAUGAGUUGGACCACAGAGUGAAGGAAAAGCAGCCAACAAGUGCUCAGCAUAUGUGGGAACUCCUUCAAGACUGUAGGAAACACAUUUCAGCUCCCCUGGCCAAGAGGUGUUACUCACAUGGUGGGAAGCAGGAGACGGACGAGGAGUUUGACGCCCGCUGGGUUAACUAUUUUAACAAGGCAGAUAUUGAUGCGUGGGAGCUGAGGAAAGGGAUGAACACGCUGAUUGGAUACGACCUGGUACCUGAGCCAAAGAUCCUGGACGCUGCGCUCCGAGCCUGUCGCGGGUUAGACGACCUGGCUAGUGCCAUUCGCAUCCUGGAGGCUGUCAAGGACAAAUCUGGCCCCCACAAAGACAUCUACCCAUACCUAAUUCAGGAGCUGCGGCCAACACUAGAUGAGCUUGGUAUCUCCACACCCGAAGAGCUUGGCAUGGACAAAUUAUAAAUGGGUUUUCUCAGGACUGCUGUUGAUGUCUCUGGGAACCUUAUACUUAGUCUUUGCCUCCUUGUAUAAAUAUGUGUGUGAUAUUUAAUUUGGGCCUUUUGUUUGUAAAAUAUUGAUGAACCCAAUAAAGAAAAUAUAUCUAUUGAAUGUG